GGCCCCGGUGCGCGGCAGUGGAGAGACGCGGACCCUCCCCCGGAGUCCCCGGCGCCGCCCUGUCCCAGCCUCCUUUGCGGGUAAACAGACAUGGCCGGCGAGGGAGACCAGCAGGACGCUGCGCACAACAUGGGCAACCACCUGCCGCUCCUGCCUGCAGAGAGUGAGGAAGAAGAUGAAAUGGAAGUUGAAGACCAGGAUAGUAAAGAAGCCAAAAAACCAAACAUUAUAAAUUUUGACACCAGCCUGCCAACAUCACAUACAUACCUAGGCGCUGAUAUGGAAGAAUUUCAUGGCAGGACUUUGCACGAUGACGACAGCUGUCAGGUGAUUCCAGUUCUGCCACAGGUGAUGAUGAUUCUGAUUCCUGGACAGACAUUACCUCUUCAACUUUUUCACCCUCAAGAAGUCAGUAUGGUGCGGAAUUUAAUUCAGAAAGAUAGAACCUUUGCUGUUCUUGCAUACAGCAAUAUACAGGAAAGGGAAGCACAGUUUGGAACAACAGCAGAGAUAUAUGCCUAUCGAGAAGAACAGGAUUUUGGAAUUGAGAUAGUGAAAGUGAAAGCAAUUGGAAGACAAAGGUUCAAAGUCCUUGAGCUAAGAACACAGUCAGAUGGAAUCCAGCAAGCUAAAGUGCAAAUUCUUCCCGAAUGUGUGUUGCCUUCAACCAUGUCUGCAGUUCAGUUAGAAUCCCUCAAUAAAUGCCAGAUAUUUCCUUCAAAACCUGUCUCAUGGGAAGACCAGUGUUCAUAUAAAUGGUGGCAGAAAUACCAGAAGAGAAAGUUUCAUUGUGCAAAUCUAACUUCAUGGCCUCGCUGGCUGUAUUCCUUAUAUGAUGCUGAAACCUUAAUGGACAGAAUCAAGAAACAGCUACGUGAAUGGGAUGAAAAUCUAAAAGAUGAUUCUCUUCCUUCAAAUCCAAUAGAUUUUUCUUACAGAGUAGCUGCUUGUCUUCCUAUUGAUGAUGUAUUGAGAAUUCAGCUCCUUAAAAUUGGCAGUGCUAUCCAGCGACUUCGCUGUGAAUUAGACAUUAUGAAUAAAUGCACCUCCCUUUGCUGUAAACAAUGUCAAGAAACAGAAAUAACAACGAAAAAUGAAAUAUUCAGUUUAUCCUUAUGUGGGCCGAUGGCAGCUUAUGUGAAUCCUCAUGGAUAUGUGCAUGAGACACUUACUGUGUAUAAGGCUUGCAACUUGAAUCUGAUAGGCCGGCCUUCUACGGAACACAGCUGGUUUCCUGGGUAUGCCUGGACUGUUGCCCAGUGUAAGAUCUGUGCAAGCCAUAUUGGAUGGAAGUUUACAGCCACCAAAAAAGACAUGUCACCUCAAAAAUUUUGGGGCUUAACGCGAUCUGCUCUGUUGCCUACAAUCCCAGACACGGAAGAUGAAAUAAGUCCAGACAAAGUAAUACUUUGCUUGUAAACAGAUGUGCUAGAGAUAAAUUUAUCUAACAAAUUUGUUAUUCUAAAAUCAGAUCUGCUUUGGAAAUUAUUGCCUCUGAUACAUACUUAAGUAAACACAACAUUACUUGGACAGUUGCAGUUUUUGAAACUUAAAGUAUACUUUUGGAGAGGAUGAACAGCAGCCUAGAAUACAAACUUAGUUUCAGAAAUAUCUACUUGGGUAGCUUGGUGCCAUUAUCCUGUGGAAUCUGGUAUGUCUGUAGCAUGUCAUUGUUGGGACAUAAAGACACCUUUAGAAAUAAUGAGAUUACUUCCUGUAUAGAACAUCAUAAAUUCCUACAAUCAGUUGAUCCUGAUGUAUGGGACAGCAUAGCUAUACCAGUGCUCUGACAACUACAUGUUCCUUUUCAAAAGAGGCAAGGCAAUGUAUAUUAGUCUAAAAGGGCUUUGUUCAGUUUUCUUUAGUUUCUCUGAGAUACUGAUUUGUAAAAUCUAAUUUUAACUCUAAUUUGAAAAUAUUAGAGUUAAAGUAUACAGUUUUGAGCUCACAAAUAGCAUUGUCAUUUCCCUUAUGUGCCUGUUAGUAAAAAAUAGUAUUUUCUGUGUAUUUGCUCAGUAGUUGAACUAUAAGCCCAUUUAUUCUGUUCCAAACAAAAACUAUUUUUCAAAAAUUAAUUUGAACCAAAACUACCAUACGGAAAAGAUGCCAAAACAUGUCCCCUUCACACAGGCUAGACAUGGUACUGUAUUUUGUUCAACGUAAGUUGGAGAAAAUCUAAGUAAACCUUAAACAUGAAACUAAGUAUGUUCUUUGUUCAAAUAAUGUAAACUAUCUACUCAUAAUUUUAAAGUCCUAAAAAGACUGCUUUGCCAUGGACCUCUUUGCUUAUAUAUUCAAGGGUUUAGUGGGUCCUUUCACAUUUGUGUAACAAUUUUGGUUUUAUUGAUAGUCCUUUGCUACUUUAAAACUAAUCAGCUUAAAUGUACAAACUAUGGUAAUAGUAUGAGGCCAAAAUUUGUUUUGCCCAAACAUGCCUUGACUGGAAUCAGUUGAGGAUCAAAUUGCAUAUUUAUUUAUGUAAAUAGAGUAAAUGAAAAGCAAUUCAACAAUGCCGUUGUUCAGGAUCUACCCUUGCCUUAUUUUUUCUAAGCUCUACUUAACUAUUUUUAAUAGUUUUGGGUUAAUAUGACUUUACUGGUUGUUCACGAAGUUCUUUUCAGUAGCACAGUACAUCUAUAUAGAAUGAAAUCUAAACCAGUUGGAAUGAGUUACCUUUUCCCCUGAAAAGGUGUAAUUUCAAUGUCCCAUACUGUUUACUAGCAAAAAAAAUUUUCUGAUAUGUAAAAAUAUGCAUAUAAUGACAAAACCAGACCUCCAGUAUAGCUAAAUUUGCAUACUUUCCAUAUAGAAAUAGUAUGUAUUCUAUGAUGUUGGAUCUAAAUCUAUAUUUUGGCCGUACUUAAAUAUUCCAAAGUAUUUUAUAAUGCACUUAAUUACUGACCUGUGCGCAGUCAUUUCUGAGGCUCCCUUUCUUGCAUCAUAAACCCUGUUAUACUUCCUCUUAGAAAUAUUACACUCUACAAAAUUGUUUUAUCAAGGGUCCAGUAUUACUAUGUGCUCUGAGAGUACAAAGAUGUCUUGACUGGCUACACAGGAAGGAAAAUGAAUUAUGAAAUGUCAGUAUAGCAGCUGAAAUAAACAGUAGUCUGCAUUAUAAAUGUUUACCAAAUGAAAAACAUUUAAGACACAAAUCUUUAAAGAACAAUAUAUAAUAAUGUAAGCUAUAUCCUUUUAAUUAGGAAAAUAAGUUAACAUUUAGUUUAUUAACUUUUAAAGAGAGGCAUAUACCAUUGUAUAUGGCACCAGAUAUACAUUGUCAGAUACCACAUUAACACAUAAUACCAAUGUUUUACUAAAAUAAUAGGCUCAAGAGUAACCCUCAAGUUAAUUGCUUUACUUUCCCAGGCUCUGCAUGCAUAAAGAAAUCAUUGUGACAGAAAAAUAUCAACUACAUACUAAAGCAUAGCUUGCUAGAACAAAUCCUGUAUGUAUGAAUGCCAGCAACUAGGGACACAUUUAGUCUUCAUAUUUUAUGCAAACUUGUCAAUUAUUUCCUUUUUAAGCACAAGUUUAUUUUGGAAUUCAGAUAAGAACUGACAGACUGUAGACAGUCACUGUACAAGGUAACCCAGUUAUUUCAAUUGCAAACAUUAAUAAACAUGUUUUCUUCAAGACAGUUAGCACCUUCUAAGAUUAAUCUUAGUACCACCCUAUGUAAAACCAAAUUUUUUUUAAAAGCCUGAACAGGUUAACAUAAUAGCCAACUAUGCUUUUCUCGGUUGAAGCUAUUCCAAAUCAGAUCAAGAAAGGUGGAUCUUAGUUUACUUCUGGAAAUAUAAUUCACAAAAUAAGACCCUUGUUCUAAAGAGGUCCUCUAAACUGGCUUUUAUUCUGGCUUAGUUUCUAAAACCUCAUUAAGAGGUAGGAGAGAAAAUUAGUCUUACCAAAAAUGCUCUGCUUUUCAGUAGCCAUCAGUUUUAGGUCUUCUUUAUGUAACUCAGAAGUUCAUCUUUUUCCAUUUGGUAACCACUUUUCUUCCACUGUUCUCGCAACUGUUGUAAUAGAGCCCCAAUUUCUUUUCCUGAAGAAAUGCCCACUUUUCUGAUGUCAUGGCCACUUACAGGAAAUGGAGGAAUGGACCACUGCUGCAUUUCCUUGAGGAGACAGUGCUCUCCUUGGUACUUCAGUAGUUCACAUACACGAGUAGUUGCAUCAGGUUCCCUAGACUAAAUGUCAAAAUCAAACAUUUAGUUUCAUCACACAUGAAAACACACACUUAGGAUCUUAACCUAAAAGUUAAUACUACUCAACAUAAAUUUUUUCAUUUAAAAUAAAAUUCACAGAAUUGUAGAUCUUAGUUUCAAUAUAUAAAUUCUAAAUUAGUGAAGAUACUUUUUAUUUCUGACCAAGCCUACUAUAUACUUACAUCUAUAAUGCAGUCUUGAUAGGGUUUCAAUGGCUCUGAAGUAUCUGCUGCUUUAAUUAAAUCUUUCCUAUUUUUAACUAUAAACAAGCCAAGGUUUUUCUCUUCUUUUGCGAUCUUCAACCUCAAAUCCAAUUUUGUGACAUCAUCUUGUACUUUGAAUAAUGAGGCCAAAAGAGUCAUUGGCUUUGGUGAAAAACCUUCAACAUUUUUACUGACUUUGUCAAAUUCUUCUAAACUUGCAUUAGCAGGUAAACCUGUAGGGACAAAAACAUUUUUCACCUGUUUUUAGUGAGGGAAAAAACCACUCAUAACCUAAACCUGGCCACUGUUUUAGUAUACAGAAAUGCCUUGUCACUAGAAUAGGAUACAUUAUAUAAGUCCAGUCUGAUGUUCCAACUUACAGGCAAACCACUAAUACAUUAUUGCUAUUCUCUCCCCUAUCACCCUCAAAACCUCUAAAAUGUUCUUGUUUCCAACAAGCUACAUCAAGAGGUCCAGAGGUAGUGGUGAUACUGGUAUCAGACUCACAAGGCAUACUCUUUGCAAUCACAAAUUCCUGACUUCCCAUUGAUACAACAUCCACUUCCCAUUCAAUAAUGUUGUUGAAAUUUGAAAUAAUAUACCCAAGUUUUCAGAAGUGUGAGAAACCACAUAAUCCCACUAUUCUUUGUGAAAAUGAAUUAUAACAUUUACUGAAAAACUUCUAUGUACAAGUCAUUCUCCUAAAAGAUCUUCACAUAUAUUAACUUACUGAAUCCUUUUAGCUUUUCUGUUAGAUAGAUGCUAUAUUAUUUUUAAACCCCCUUUUAAGGUUAGAAACUAACCCAGGUUGUAAAGAUUAGAUAAGGGGCUUAGCUUCCUUCAAACCAGAUCUGACUCGAGUACAAGCACCGCAGGCUGUCUUUGAGCUAUUCCCUACUCAUGACAAAACUUACCUAUCCCAUAACCCAAACUUUGUCUUAUUUUAAAAUACUCCAUUUCUCCAACAAGAAUUCUUCAACCAAAUGAAUCAUUUUUUCCCUUAUGAAAUCUGAAACCAGAUAUUUCACUGCCAAAAAUUCAAACACUUUAAAACUUGCUCUCACCUAUAUAAGAAGCCACAUCAAGAUCAUAGAUAAGGUGAAUCAAAUGAUUUACAUGGUUACCAACAAGAAUUUUUUUUAGUUCCACCCAAAUCCUCUCUCCUGAGAUUCCAGCCAAGCCUUUUGCAUUUUCUGCAAUUGCUUCCAAAGUUUCAGGAUCAUGGUCACCAGGUUUGUCUACAAUUCUCCCAUAAAACCUAGAAGACAAAAUCUUCACAAGGUAUUACCUCUAUACUGGCAUGUCACAAGAAAAAUCUUUUUCAUUUUUAUUUGGUACUAUCGCAUAUAUCUACUUAAUGAAAAUAACAUGGAAUUAGUUAGGUCUAGAAGGGACCUUAGAAAGCAGCUAGUCAUUUCUCCACCUCCUUUUUUUUUCCAUAUAAGAAAACCCAAGAUUGAAUAAAAUAUAGCAACCUUCUUAAGGUUAGGAAGAACUAGAACCUCAGGGUCUCAACCUCACUUCCAAAUCACUGACUCAGACGGUCAGAAUAGUCAUCAAAUGCUGAAUUGGCACUUAUAAAUGAAAACACCAUUCUUGUAAAGGCAGCAAAUCAAAACAAGACUGCAGUGCCUUAACAGUCUUAAUUCCUCAAAACUUGCCUGUCUGUACACAUUAAUACUUUCAAUGAAAAUCUUCAAAUAUGAUUAAUCUAGUUGUACACACUAGAGUAUAUUUCAUGGAAUCUUAAAACUGGAAGCCCUAAAGUAUAUGUGUUGUACCACUCAUAUGCUUAAAAUUCUAAUGAAUACCCUCUAUUCAUCAGUGGUCCAAAGUAAUGCUAACUUUGGAUUAGUGACCCAAAUACAGCUAAGUCUUAAUCUGUGUUCUAUUAUUUGUAACAGAGGCUAAAAAUAUUCAAGUUUAUAGAAACUACAUUUAUUGAUAAAAUGUGUGAUCUGUUAAUAGAAUAUUCUGAGAGCAAUCCCAAUCAAGUGAAAAAUGAGUAUUACUAGACACAAACUAGCCAAUUCAGUUUUUUAAAGAGGUUAGUGUGUGGCAUGUAAAAAUCUGCUACCCACAAAAUUAUUCAUGCAUUUUGUAUUUACCAGGUUUAUCUAAGUUUUGAGUAUGUCUAUACUUUGAAUUUUUAUUGACCAUAUAGCAGGUAUUUCUUUUCACCAAAAUCAUUUUGUUGUGAAGCAUCAGAGAUUUUCACGACCACCUAAGACCAUAAGCUGUAUGAAGGCAAACACUUUCAUUCAUUCAUUACCAUGUUUAAUGCACCUAGCACAGGGAUUGACCUGUGCAUUCAAACACCUGUGUAAUUAAUGGAUCAAUGGAGGAAAUAUCAUUCAUCACAAAGAAAAAUGGGCAUUUAAAAAAAUGAUAUAAAUCAGAAUUAUAGGAAAGAUCACAUAAAAUGAAGUAAGUAUAUGUGUGUUCUGGGAAUGAAAAUAAAGUAUGAUGUAUCUAAGUAAUUUUCCUUCGUAAGUCAUAGGUUGCUAGGUCUCCACUGGAGACAGACAUUUGGGAUGUCACCAUUUUGUACAUUGAACUGCUGUGUGUUUCAUGUGACCAGUGUUAAUGCUCUGGAGAUGAUAUUAAAACUAUCAUUUUUUAUUUUUAAAAAUUCUUACCUGAAGUAUCUUAAAAUUCUAAGAUAAUCCUCUUGUAUUCUCUGUUUAGCUUGUCCAACAAAUCUAAUUUUCUUAUUUUUUAAAUCUUCAUAACCAUUAAAGUAGUCAAAUAAAGUGCCAUCAAAACCUA